CGACAAUUUCAAAUUGACGGUUGUAUAUUAGAAUCUUAGUGAAACAUUAUCAUUUUAUAUUUUCUUUUUUAAUUAUAUUUUGCAAAACUUAACCGCUAUGUUUUUGUGCAUGCGAAUCAUUCAGUGUAGAACUUUACAUAUAAAUCAUUGAAAAAUUUACAUAUUUAUCAAAGUUAAAAAUUAACUAUAAGAAAUUAAACACAGUAUUUAUCAACUCAUGUUACAUAUGAUUUAAAGAAAGAAGUAAUAAGUUAAGUUACAAUAAAGUAAAUAUUUUGGCGAGGAUUCGAACUUGCAAAUGCGAGAUCAAAAUUCCGCCGUACUUUCUAAAAGGUUAGAUUCAAGUAUCCAGAACUAUAUACUAGUAUUUAUUAUCAUCAUUAAAAAAUAGCGCGUAAAUGAUGUAGUUUGCUGAAUGAUAUAAUUAUAUAUUUGAUCUCUAUUACAACAAAAUAUUCAAGUAUCAUGUAAUUACGAUGUUUUUGUGUGUGAUUUUUUUUUACCUAAAUAACAAAACCGGCAUAAUCUCGUAUGUUAAUUCACUUUAAAUAAGUAAGGAGAAGGCUGAUAAAAAAAAUCAAUUUACUUAAACAGUCCAAUCCUAUACGUAGUUGUUCUGUAAAAGGACCAAAAAAUGGCUAAUGCGCAUACGGACCUGGACAAUCUUAGGUUUUCGGCAGUUUGCACGAGUAAACGUACUAUGGUUCUUAAUAAAGAGUUUACUUCAUAAGUGCAAGCUGUACAGCUCUUAGCUUUAUCGUUAUCUUCAUAACGUUAUGGGACAAUACCUUCAAAUUAAAAACAAGAAAAGCAUUGAUGCAAAGCAUCAAAAGGCGUCCAAGGAAAAAAAUGCAGCAAGUGACGAUAAACUAGUAGACAUCUGAAGACCAAUCUUCGUAUAAGUGUUUCAAUGGUUAAUUGAAUUCUACCAGAAUUGUAUAUCAUAGAUCAAUGGGCGGACGACAGACAUUGUUCAUCAUGACCUUUGGUAGGCUUGCUACAUAUUAGAAUAUUAAAUGUAUUUUCUUUGGAACAUACAAAACAGUAGUCAAAAUGAACAAAGUCUGUUCUAUUGUUGUUGUUAUUAUUAUUAUUAUUUAUAAAUGUAACGAAUAUACAAACAGUUUAUAAAAGUAGUAACAAAACGGGCUCAUAUAGUCAUAUUACAUGCAUUUUUUUCCAUGGCUGGAACUUAAGAUACAGAAGUUUAUUUCAAGUCCCAGAUAAAUACUGAAAGUAGAACACACACAGGAACGAAAAAUUUGGGAUGAAUUUCAAAAAGACCAAAUUCAGAAUUUCUUUUGUUAUAGGCGUUAACAAAAAUAAUGGUACAUUAAAAAUCAUGAAUAAAUUUGCAUGGCAUGUUGAUAUGGUGAAAGAUUAUUUUAAUAAAUAAUUUAUUUAUCAAUAUAAUGGAAGACUGUUACCUGAAUUUAAGACUUAAGAAAAAACCCGUGAAGUUGCAAUUGUCCUUUCACAAAAUCUGAAUGCAUUCCAUAUGAUAAUGCGUCUUUUUGGAUGAUUUUAUUGAUAAAUGUAAGGAUAUUAUUUCUAUAUCUAGCUGAUGUUGUUUUAUAACUAUCAAGAUUGCCCUUUAUGUUGUUAAACUAUCAUAUUUGAGCGUUAAAGUUUCACAAUAGUUGUCAAAGUUAACUCCGGAAACGUUAAAGAACAUGUGAAAUGAAUGACUUAGACUUGGUUUCAAUCAUACAAUAUCCACAAUAUCUGUUAUUGUAACUUCCAGGCUUUGUUCAAAUUACAUAAUUUCUUUUUAACCUACUCUGUGAUUUUGUCGGUGUCUAAAUUUCGUUCAAAAUACAUAUAGAUGUAUUUACGCUUCAAAACAAAAGUAUAUAGAAUUUAUACAGAAAUUCAUGCUGGGACUUUAAAUAAUGUCAUUUUAGCGUGAAUUGAGUACAUAAAAUCAUUUUAAUAUUUUUGUCAUUAAUUUGCCUGAUUACCCCAUUAAUAUAUUAAAUUGCACUCCGGCUUCGACGUUCAUCUCUUAGGAAUACACUAUUUUCGCAAAAACAGUCUCUAUUAGUGAUGUGAGGUGUAAACUGUGAUAAAUAAUACGUUCGUUUUUGUAAGAAUGCUGUUGAUAAUUUAUCAUAAACCCCUGGCGCUUUGUUUUAAUAUUUUAUAUAGAGCAAAUUAUCUUCAAUUAAUAUAAUUAUUCGUGGAACAUUUGCCAUUUCCUAUACAUUAUGCAUUAUUAAUAAAAAAUCUACAUAUGUCAUAAAUGUUAAAAAGGUGAAUAUCUACUAAUUAUUUCAUUUCUCCCCAAAGAGUAGAUUUGACAUUUGACAUUAUAAAACCUCUAAGCAAUCUUAUAAUACUCUCUAUAUACAAUUAUAUAGAUCUAAUUUGAUUUUUUGUCAGCGCAAAUACAACUAUGUUGAUUCAAUUCACAAAAGAGGAGGACGCUCAUUGCUGAUAUCUAAGUCGGAUGAUUUCAAAAUAGAAAAUAUUUUAUUAUCGGCGCUAACACUAUUACUUCAGUGCCGGAAAAAGACAAGAGAAUAUUUAUGUAAAAUGUGAGACUUUUAAGGACGUGUACGGCUAGAUACCGGUAUAUUCAAAUGAAUUUGUUUGUGCAAAUAACAAUUGUUUUACCAUGUGUUAUAUUCGGCGUUACGAGUUUAAAAAGCAACAAUACGUACAAUAUACACCGUACACUUUUGGAUGAAUAUAAUGCAGACAUAAGGCCAUGUUUGGAUUGCAAGACACCGUUGUACAUAGAGAUGGCGUUCAAUCUUGCCUCGUUGAAUAAACUGGACGAAAUUGAAGGUGAGCUAAAUACAGUGGGAUAUGUCACUAUAUCGUGGAUGGACGAAAGACUGAAAUGGGAUUAUCAAUCUACUGGUGUCAGCAGCAUAAUGUUUUCACCAAAACAUGUUUGGACACCACCAAUUAUUUUGGGAAACCCAUCUAAGUCAGUUAGCAGACUGAAUGCAGACGACGCUCUGGUGCGCGUGAUGUACAACGGAAAAAUCUUGUGGCAUCCAGGUGACGUUUUCCGUUCAAGAUGCGAGUUUGACGUCUACAACUAUCCAUUUGAUGAACAGAGUUGCAUGAUUAUAUUCACCCCUUGGUCAUAUUCAUGGGAAGAAAUUUCUCUUAAAUCUUCAAUGCAACAAAUACAAACAGAUUUCUAUCAUGAAAAUGGAGAAUGGAAAUUAGGAACGACCAACGUAUCAACUUAUCCACACGGCCAAAUUUCCAUAAUUCAAUUUGACAUCAACUUUGUGCGUCGGUCCGAGUUCUUUGUCGUCAACGUGAUAGUACCGAUUGCAUGUCUGAGUUUCUUGAAUUGCCUAUCGUUCGCAAUCCCAAUUCAAAGUGGGGAACGAUUAUCAUAUUCCGUUACAAUUUUGUUGUCAUUUGCUGUAUUUAUGACUUUAGUAAGCGACAAUAUUCCAAAAACGUCUGCUCCAAUGUCGUUGCUUUGCUAUUUUUUGAUGUUACUUUUUUCCGGAAGUGUAAUGAUUAUGAUCUGCGUGAUGGUAAACAUGCGCGUCUUUUACACAGACCAUGCGUCCAAGAUUUCUCCCGCAUACAUUCGUUUCACAAAAUUACUCAAAUGCUGCACGAAUGAAGAAAAUAAAAUAUCACAACACGAUAAGGACAACUGCAUGUAUUACAAAAAUAACAUGAAACGGUCCCCCAGUGCCUCAAUUAGUCACCUUGAGCAAGACCUGGAUGACCACGUCACAUGGCAAGAAGUUGCGCGUGCUUUCGAUCGACUUGGAUUUGUUAUAUUUCUGGUAUAUUUCAUCGGACUGUCGGCAGGUAUGGUGCUAUAUAUUUCGAGGUCGAAGUUUUAAAGAUCUAUAAUGAUCUUCUGACUGAAAAUGCUCUACUGAAAGUUACAUGUAUAUAUAUAAAUGUAAGAAAAAUAUACAUGUACCUUAUACAUGACACAUUGUAGCAUGGUGUUAAUAAAGGAAUUUUGAACUAUUACGAUAAAAAAUAAAAUAUGUGCUAAGACCCGUUCUAUUAUAUACCGUCAUAAUUUGGUCAUACCGGUGCAUAUUAUUAUCACACCUAUCGCGGAAGAACACUUUUAUUACAUUUCCGCUAUAUUAAUAUAUAUAUAGCAAAUUUGCAUAAUGGUUUAAAGUUUACCCUAUUGUCUCUGUUUGUAUAAAAUACUUAGUCAGUUUGCAAAUAAGAAA